GGCGACAGAGAGUCAGUCCGUUCAUCGCACAGCCGAGAGAACAACUAUCAAGAUGCUGAAGUUUGUAGUAUUAUCCGUUGUCGCCGUGGCUGUGGUACAGAGUCAAGAAGAUACUCGCUUCCUAGGUGUUUCUGGGGGUGUUGCUGGGGGUGUUGCUGGGGGUGGAUUCGUUCCGGGGGUUCCAGGGCAUGGCGGCAUUGCCCCUGGAUUCGAAUGCAAUUACUGCAGAACGAGGUAUGGGUACGUAUGCUGCAAGCCCGGCAGGUGUCCACCGGUUCGCGAUACCUGCCCAGGCAUCAGGAACAGACCCCCGAUCUGCCGUCAGGACACUGAGUGCUUCGGCUCCGACAAGUGCUGCUACGACACCUGCUUGAACGACACCGUCUGCAAACCCAUCGUGGCAGGUUCUCAGGGAUAGGCCUGCGUGUUCAACUCUUCAAUUCUUCUUUAUCAAAUAAAUAUUAUAACUGUUAAUUGUUUAUAA